CCCAGAACGUGACGGUGGAGGAGCUGCUGGGGGCCUACAGGCAGGCCUGCCUCAAGCUCAGCUGCCGCCAGAUUCCCAAACUCCUGAGGCAGAUCCAGGAAUUCAAGGAUCUGGCUCCCAGGAUAGACUGCUUGGAUCUGAAAGGUGAAAAGUUGGAUUCCCGGGCGUGCGAGGCCCUCGAGGAGAUUUUCAAGCGGCUCCAGUUCAGACUCGUGGACCUGGAACAAACCAGCCUGGACGAGGACGGAGCGUCGGCGCUGUUCGACAUGAUCGAGUACUACGAGUCGGCCACGCACCUCAACAUCUCCUGCAACAAACACAUCGGGCCCCGCGGCUGGCAGGCGGCUGCUCACAUGAUGAGGAAGACGAGCUGCCUGCAGUGCCUGGAGGCUCGGAACACGCCCCUGCCCGACAGCGCCGCUCCCUUCGUGGCGCGGGCGCUGCGCAUCAGCAGCAGCCUGGCCGUGCUGCACCUCGAGAGUGCCGCCCUCUCCGGCAGGCCCCUCAUGCUCCUCGCCACAGCCCUGAAGAUGAACGUGAACCUGCGGGAGCUGUACCUGGCUGACAACAAACUGAACGGGCUGCAGGACUCGGCCCAGCUGGGGAACCUCCUCAAGUUCAACUCCUCCCUGCACAUCCUGGACCUGCGCAACAACCACAUCCUCGACUCGGGCCUGGCCUACAUCUGCGAGGGGCUGAAGGAGCAGAGGAAGGGGCUGGUGACCCUCGUGCUGUGGAACAACCAGCUCAGCCACACCGGCAUGGCCUACCUGGGAAUGACCCUGCCGCACACGCAGAGCCUGGAGACGCUGAACCUGGGCCACAACGCCAUCGGGAACGAGGGGGUGCGGAACCUGAAGAACGGGCUGAUCGGGAACCGCUCCGUGCUGCGCCUCGGCCUCGCCUCCACCAAGCUCACCUGCGAAGGGGCGGUGGCGGUGGCCGAGUUCAUCGCCGAGAGCCCGCGGCUGCUGCGCCUGGACCUGCGGGAGAACGAGAUCAAGACGGGCGGGCUCAUGGCCCUGUCCCUGGCGCUCAAGGUCAACCACUCCCUGCUGCGCCUCGACCUGGACCGCGAGCCCAAGAAGGAGGCGGUGAAGAGCUUCAUCGAGACGCAGAAGGCGCUGCUGGCCGAGAUCCAGAACGGCUGCAAGAGGAACUUCAUCCUGGCCAAGGAGCAGGAGGAGAAGGAGCAGCAGCUGCAGCCCUCGGCCUCCAUGCCCGAGAUCACCGUCACGGGCCCGGAAAACCGCGAUGGAGACAAGGAGGAGGACAAGGAGGAGGAGGAGGAGGAGGAAGGAGGAGGAGGAGGGGGCGGAGGCCCUGGCGGCCGAGGAGAACGGGACACUGAGGCCCCUGAGGAGGACAAGGGUGACAUUUCGGACUCCAGUUCGGACACGGACGAGGAGGGGGCAGAGCCCGAGGGCUCGGGACCCCCCCGGCCCCCGGAGCGGCCGCGGGAUCGGCCCUGCCCGCCGCCAGCCCCCCGGGAAGCUCCGCCGGCCGUGGCCGCUGCCCCCGCGGCCUCCCCGGGGCUGCAGAGGAGGAUCUCGGUCUCCAGCCCCGGCAGGGGCCACAAAGUCUUCGUGGUGACCCGCGUGGAGCCCCUGCCCGAGGGAGGAGCCGCCGGACCGAGCCCUCCGCAGCCGCAGCUGCAGCCCGAGCCAGGGCCGUCCGGGGAGAACGGGGCUGUUUCUGAGGCGGUUCCUGAGGCGGUUCCCGAGGGCCGCCGGUCCGAGCCCGAGCCGGAGCCAUCCCGGGAGAAUCGGGGCCGCUUCCUGAGGCAGUUCCUGAGGGCCGCCGGUCCGAUCCAGAGCCGGAGCCAUCCCGAGAGAACGGGGCCGUUCCUGAGACCCGCCGGCCGGAGCCGGAGCCGCCAGCCGCCUGCCGAGCCGGAGCCAUCUCGGCCCGAUCCGGAGCCAUCCCGGGAGAACGGGGCCGUUCCUGAGAGCCGCCGGCCGGAGCCGGAGCCAUCUCGGCCCGAUCCGGAGCCAUCCCGGGAGAACGGGGCGGUUCCCGAGGCGGUUCCCGGGGCGGUCCCCGAGGGCCCCCGGUGCGGGAGCCCCGCCCGGGACCCUCCCCUGCCCAACGGCCUCAAGGCGGAUUUCGCGCGGGCGCUGCCGGAGGCGCCCUCGGAGGGCGGCGGGAAAGGCGGGAGCUGCGGCGCCGAGCACGAGCUGAGCUGCUCCAAGAACGAGCAGGAGCUGGAGGAGCUGCUCCUGGAGGCCAGUCGGGAUCCGGGGCAGGAGCCGCUCUGAGGCCGCAGGUCCUGUCCGGGAUCCUCCAGCUUUCUCUGGGAUCAUCCAGCCCCCCCUUCCUCCUCCUCCUCCUCCUCCUCCUCCUGCUCUUCCCGCUCCGCACAACAGGAAUUCCGACCGAAUUCCUCACGGGAAGGGAGGAAGGGGGAGAGAGGCGGCUCCGGGACUUUGGGAAAAGGCGAUUGUAUCCCGGUUUUUCCCUGCCCUGCCCUCCCCACACACACAGAGAGCCCUCCCCGGGGCCUUUCCCGAGGGUUUGGGAAGGGCGAGGAGAGAGCAGGGAAAGGAUUUUCCCCUUCCCUUCUCCCCCCGAGGGGCCAUUCCCGCCUCAUUCCCGGCUCGUUCCCGCCUCAUUCCCGCCGGGAGCUGACGGGCCACACACUACAGGGAUGCAGGGAGCGGGAGAGGCCGGGAAUUCCUCACUAAAACCCCCCCAAAAGUGGGUUUUUAUUUAUUUUUUUCCAAGUCGUUGGUUUGGUUUUUUGUUGUUGUUUUUCCCCUUUUUUUUUUUUUUGGUGUUUUUAUUUUUUUUUCGGGUCUCUUUUUUUUUUUUCUUUUCCUUCUUUUUUUUUUUUUCCCCAGUUCUCUUUUUUCUUUCUCACCAGCU